AUGAGAUCCAAGCGGGCGCUUCCGUUGGCAUUCUCUCUGUGGAGCAGCAUUGCCUUGGUGUCAGCGAUCGACUUCUACGUCUCACCAUCGGGUUCGGAUAGCAACGAUGGCAGCUCGGGAAGACCUUUCCAGGCCCUUCCUAAGGCGCAGCAAGCGGUGCGCGAAGCCAUAUCGUCUUCGUUGACGGAGGAUGUCACCGUUCACCUUGCGGACGGCAUCUACACUCUUUCUGAACCGCUCAUUCUCACCGCCGCCGACUCGGGAAACAACGGUCACUCAGUCAAUUGGAAGGCUGAUUCGACGGGUGCGACCAUAUCUGGGGGGCUAAAACUUACCAACUGGACCGCUGGCUCUGACGGCAUUUACUCGGCCCCAGUACCGCCUGGCACUAAAUCUCGCAACCUCUAUGUCAAUGGACAAGCGGUCAACUAUGCGCGCAGAAAAAUCACCCGCAACGACUUUACGUACGAUAAUGAAGGAAUGUCUUGGAAUAACACUGCCUAUGAUUACCUCAUGUCCAUCAGGGGAAUUGGAAAUGCUGAAGUUCGCUUUCUGAAUUCCUUCACGGACCGCUAUGCACCAAUUGAAUCUGCGAGUAAUCAGAAAUUGAUGAUGAAGCAAAACUCUUGGGCUAACAACAUCAUUGGCUAUGAUACUGUCCAAUCCCCGUUUGCUGAAUUUGGAGUCUGGGUACAAAACUCGUACGAUCUUUUCACUGAUGGUGGUCAAUUUUUCUUGGACACAGACGCCAAUAUUAUUUAUUACAAGCCACAGAAUGGCGAGGAUAUGUCUCAAAUAGAUGCUCAUUUGGGUAUACUUGAGGUCCUGCUCGCUGUUGGAGGCACAUACGAUGCACCUGCCCAUCACAUAUUCUUCGAAAAUAUCAAUUUCGCUCACUCGACCUGGUUAAGGCCAGGGGAAGGCUUUGGUUACGUGGACCAGCAAACUGGAGGUUACAUCCCAGGAAACAUCACUUACCCUGAGUUCGAGGCAAGCAGACAAGUUUGGUUCCAGAUGCCAAGUGCUAUUCAAGUUAGCGCCGCGAAUCACAUUGGCUUCUCCGGUGGCAGAUACACGCAGCUUGGGGCUGGGGGUCUUGGUAUUGGCAACGACGCAAACGCCCAUCAGACUGGUGUUGGUCUGGGGGCCGACCGCAUAUCAAUCACCGGCGGCUAUUUCACACAGGUCAUGGGCAACUCAAUCACUGCUGGUGGAAACCGGCCAGACGCGCAUCAUCCCAGCGAUGCCCGCAUGCUCAACGCUCAUAUUUCGGUCCAGGACAAUAUCUUCUACAACACUUCCAGCCUCUUCACCUCCACCGUUCCCAUCUUCUUCACGUACGUACAAAAUUCGGACAUUACACACAACGACAUUUCCUUUAUCCCCUACUCAGGUAUCUGCCUUGGCUACGGUUGGGGCAUGCAAGAUGCUGGAGGCAGUCAAUUCUACGUAAACCGCGGAACAUACAAGUAUUUUGAGCCAUACACUACGCCAACCACGUCCCUGAACAAUUCCAUUCAUGCGAAUCUGAUCCACGGUUAUGGAUAUUCGAAAACUGACCUUGCUGGUAUCUACACGCUUUCCAAGAGCGCUUUUACCACUAUAACGGAGAACUACGCGUACGAUUCUUUGCACUACGGCCUAUACACGGAUGAAGGUAGCAAUUCUUAUACGAUUACUGGGAAUAACUUCCUGCCGGAGGGAAAUUGGUACAACCCAAAUCAGGGCGCAGGCAUGCAAACUGCCAACAACACACUCAUAGACAAUUUUGGAGCUCGUGGUCGAGACUUUCUCAACAGUCCAAACGGAAGCGGCAUAUGGGGAAACACGUUUCUUCGCAACUACAUUGUGCCCAAUUUAUCCCGCGCCAACAUCGCCGCCGCAAGAAUCGCAUAUCGCUCUGGUAUCGAGCCAUCGAAGCGUGCCGGCCGAUCAAUAAGCCACAGCGUAUCUCUGGCUGAUGGUGCGUUGAGCCUCGAAUUUCUGACGGGCAAUGGAGACGUCGUCCUCAACCUUUUCAACUUUGAUGAUGCCGAAUUCACCGGAGUGCAAAUUUCAGUGGGCUCAGAGUUCACGGCUGAAAACGUUCCUACCGCUGUUCCGGCAAACGGCGUUGCGUCUGCCACGUACAAGCUUGCGGGUUCAUCAUGCACUCCGCCAAGAUUCAGCGCGACCGUUAGAUAUACGAAUUCGCGGACAGGAGCCGCAGGUAGCCUCGAGGUAUCGGGCACUAUGCCUGGCUCGUCGCCAACGCUCAACUCUACUUAUGUCGCGUCUUCGACGUGGCCCGCCACUUUUGGCCAGAGUUGCGACGUGAUCGGCAUUCGAACAGCCGGUAGGGACGCCUUCGACCCCUAUGAUGAGUGGGCGGCUGUGUACAGACCAGCCUCCAUAACAGGAGACGGAAGCAUCACCGCCAGGGUAUUGUCCGUAGACAUUGUUGACCCCUGGACCAAAGCCGGAAUCGUCAUGCGCAACAACCUCACUGCCAACAACGGCCAGCCGUCAACAGCAGCAGGGUACGCCGCUGUAUUCCUAACAGGAAGCAACGGUGUUUCCUUCCAGUGGGAUGCCAAUGGCAACGGCCAGCUUGACGGUUGGUCCGUUGUUGCCGAUAUUGUUGCGCCCGUAUGUCUGCGCUUGAACGUCACGGGCCAGUCGUUCUCGGGAUACUAUGCGAACGACUGCACCAACUGGCGACAGAUUGGCUCAGCUGCAACCGCGAGCGGCAGAGGCUCGUCAUCCGAUGCUGGACUUUUGGUGAGCUCGCAUGCCAGCUUUGUGAAUGCCACAGCGCUGUUUUCGUUUGAAGUGUAA